AUGGCCAUGAAAAUUAUGUUUCUUUCUCUUCCCUUGUCGGCCUUUGCGAGAGUGGCUGCAAAUAUGUUCGAGAGCACGUCUGAUACGCAAGCACUCGACCGAGCCACUUCCAUGCCGCACUUGUUCACAAGUCAGAGAUACGGUGCCUGGAGUUCCCAGAUGGCGAUGCCAAUGAAUGGAGAGUGCCAAAUGCUUAAGAGCACGGAUGAUCUAUACCAUAAUGUUGGGUCCAUUUAUAUUCCCUGUGCAUCUACGGCAGGCAAGAAGGCCAUGUGCACCAUGUACAGUGACUCAAACUGUCAAGACAUGAUGGUGGAAUUCGACCGUUCGCACUACAGAUUGUUCGAUCGCUCCCAUGGCAACACAAUGCAGACCACCUACCUCGGUGGAAUGGUAGAGAGCGUCAAGUGCGAGAUGGUCGACGUCUCAACCGAGGUUUCGAACAACAAUGGCCAUGUCUCCACUAUGCACAUGUCCCAAUGUGUCGGUGAUAAGUGCAGUUCCAAUCGUGAAUGUCACCUCAACCUCGGCGGCCAUCUCUUCUGCUCCGAGAACAACGACAUGACCUGCCAAAUGGGCCGCUUCCUUACAAUGGGCUCCGAGUGCACCGAGGACAAUCAAUGCCGCGAGGGAUACUGCACUAACAUGAAUGGGCAGAUGAAAUGUAUGCCGAAGCGAGCACUCGAUACUCUCUGCUCGUCUUCUGCGGAAUGUGUGUCUAAUGGAGUUUGCUGCGAUCUCGCUGGAGGAUCGCGGUGCAGCCGGGACCUCUGUCAUGCAGAAGUCGUCAACGAUGAUAUGAAUAUGUGCAUGAGCACCGCAAUGGAAUGUUCUGAGGACUCCAUGUGUUGCAGUGGAAGUUGGCUGGAGGGCAAGGUGGAGGACGUGAACGAAGACACAAUGACGUGGACCGCGAUGAACUAG